UUUAACAAUUUAUAAGGUACCUAUGCGAUUUUUGGAUGUAGGUUUUGGUUUUAGUAAAACGGUUUAGUCUUGUAUAUUUAAGCCUACCAUAUUCAGCCGUACCAAUGAGACCACUUGUUAUUAGGUACCGACUAAAAAUUACAAAGGAAUACCAAACAAUACGAUUACAGUAUAAUAUAAUCAGAUAAACGAGAGAGACCUACCUACCUACUUUUUGACCUUUCUAUUUACACGUCCCUUAAUGUUUUUGUGUAUUGUCACUGCCUCACUAGUGUCAGUUGUCGUAUUCUACAACGGUACAUUUAGCUCUAUUGACAUUAUAUUGUGGACGUUCGGACUUCGGAUGUAUUCAUUUCAGAGCUAUUUAUUAACCGAGUAAUAUGAAUCACCAAAAAAUCGAUUAGAUUUCACUGUUGCUGCUCACGGUUUCACACGCGGACCCCACUCGUCCGUUACUAUACGUAUCUUCGCGUUUUAGUAUAAAACAGCUGAUGUAAUAUUCAUUAAAAACAAAUUAACUAUAUAAUUAUUAUAACUAAUAAUUGUAAUCGUUUUUAAUAUUUUAUGGCGUACCCGUACCUACUACUGAGUUCAGCUUCUCGUCUCUUUCCGUUGCAUAUAUUAUUAUUAUCGUUUUAAAUAAUAAUAGUAUACUAUUUAAAGUUGUGUAAAUACCUACUUGUACUUAUAUAUAUUACUAUAUAUCAACGAUUUAAGAAUUGACAGAAUAUUAAAUUGAUUUGUUUGUUUUCAUAAUAAUUUCCGACAAAUUUAAAUAUAUUUACAAUUUACAUAAAUCGAUAUAUACAUUUCAUCGAUAUGGCUGAUCACUCUCAUCAUCAAACGUCGAACUUGAAGAGACUUCAUGUCGAAGACAUCAAUGAAAACUUAAAUAAUGAAGAAUUUGACGUUACGUGGGGUGGAAAAAAGUCACGGUAUUUAUAUACCUAUAAGUUACUAUCACCACUGCCGCAAACGUCUACAAGUGAGUCAGAGACUGAUAGUGUAGGAAGCACUCAGACAAAAUCAACAGUUGAAGUUUUCAGUCAAAACGAUUCAUCUAAUGAAAGUUGUGCAAGCGACUGUUUGUGUCAUGUUUCUAAAAUAACUAAUGAAACUGAAGAGUUUGAAAUCAGAAGUUCAUCAUCAUUACAUAACAUUAAUUCUGAGUCAUCAGAUUCUUCAAUAAUACUAACUAAAGAGAUUUCUCAUAACGAUGAAAUUUUCAAUGACACAUUACCUGAUAUUGACAAUGGACACAAUGAGGAUACGGAUUACCAAUCAACCACACCAAAUAAAAAUUUGCCACCACCAGCUUGUUUUCAAAAAUGUCUUCAGUGUUUAAAAGAAAAUGAAAAUCCUUAUUUUCAAUUUUGUUAUAAAUGUUUUAGACAUCGUAUGGAGUUUUUUGAAAAAAAACCAGAGCCAAAAAGAAUUAAGAAAUUGAAUUUAUUUUUGAAAAAAAAAGUAAACAGUAAUAUUAAAGAUAUAAAUUCUGAGAAAUCGGAUUCAGAAGAAAAUAAAUCAAAUAAAGAUAAUGGAAAAAAUAAAGAUAACUUAUGCAUUAUUUGUUUUUUUAAUACAAGAAAUGGUAUUAUAAACCAUGGAAAAAUUGGACACAUUGUAACUUGUUAUUCUUGUGCAAAACAUUUGUGGAGUACAACAAACAAAUGUCCAGUUUGUAAUGUAAAAAUUAAAUGUGUAACUAAAAUGAUUGUCGAUUAAUUUUAAAUGUCUAAAACUAUAAUAUUUAAAUAUUAUGCUUAAUGUUCAUAGUGUUCAUACAUAUAGUUUAGGUGAAAUUUCUAUGAAAAUAGUUUUGGUAUUCAUUGUAUUUAAUAUUAUUUACUAGUUUAAUGUUUUUUGAUUAAAGCUAUUUUAUUUUUACCUUUUUAUAAAUUAGAACAACAAUUGUGUAGAUGGGUUUAUAAUAUGCAUUUGUUUUAUGAUUAUGAUUAAAUAUUUGCUUAACAAUGUGUUAUAAUAAUUAUUUGAACUACCUUAUAGAUUAUAUCUUUUAUUGCUUCUAAUAUAUAUUAAUGAACUAUUAACGUUAACAUUUAGAUAUACCUAGUAAAAUUAUUUGUUUUGCUGAUGAAUUUAUUAUUUUGUUAUUUAAUGAUAAUUCCAUAAAUAAAUUAUAUGAUCUAGCAAA